AUGGAUGAUACAGGAACCGCUGCCGAUGGCUACGACUACAAACCCGACUAUCAGUAUGAAGAGGACGGAGAUUAUGGUGAGGAGCAGGAAUCCAUCGCGCAGGAGGACUACUGGAAGAUCAUCAACUCGUUCUUCGACGAGAAGGGCCUGGUGCGCCAGCAGCUCGAAUCAUUCAACGAGUUCGUCGAGAACACCAUGCAGGAGCUCGUCGACGAGAGCUCCAAAUUAACCCUUGACCAACACACUCAGCACACUGGUGUCGCGGGUGACGAGACGCGGCGUUAUGAGAUUCAGUUUGGUCAAAUCUAUUUGACCAAGGUGGCGGUCACGGAAAUCGAUGGCCAGACGGUCGGCCUGUUUCCCCAGGAAGCGCGCUCACGUAACCUCACGUACGCAGCGCCGCUGUACGUUGACAUGAAGAAGUCGACUCUCACGGCCGGCAACGUUGACGACCCGAUCGAGGCCGACUGGCGUCCAGCAACGGAUGUCAACGGUGUGAUGCACCAGACGGAGGAGGACAAGAUCUGGAUUGGAAGGGUACCCGUUAUGGUCCGCUCCAACUUCUGUCUUCUCCACGGCUUGCCUGAGAACACCUACUACACGAUGGGCGAGUGUCCGUACGACCAGGGCGGCUACUUCGUCAUCAACGGCUCCGAGAAGGUCCUUAUCGCCCAGGAGCGCAUGGCCGCCAACCACGUCUACGUCUUCAAGAAAGGUGACCCGUCGGCCAUCACCUUCUUCUCGGAAGUGACGAGUCAGAUGGAGAAGGGUGGCAAGAUGCCGUCCAAGACGGUCGUGAGGAUGUACGCGCGUGCGUCGGAGCGCACAACCACUGGUUCGGUCAUCCGCGCGUCCUUGCCGUACACCAAGGUCGACAUCCCCGUCGUCAUCAUCUUCCGCGCGCUCGGCAUCGUGCCCGACCGUGACGUCCUCUCUCACAUCUGUUUCGACCCCGACGACACGUCUCUGUUGGAGUUGCUGCGACCAUGUAUCGAGGAGGCGUUCGCCGUUCAGGACCGCGAUACCGCACUCGACUUCAUUGGUCGUCGUGGGCAGCAAGAGAAGGGUACGCGCGCGCAGCGCCAGCGUGCGGCGUUCGACAUUCUCCAGAAGGAGAUGUUACCGCACGUGUCCGUGUCCGAGGGCUUCGAGUCGAAGAAGGCCUACUUCCUGGGCUACAUGAUCCACCGUCUGUGCUCAGCAGCCCUGGGCCGCAGGGAGCUUGACGACCGUGAUCACUUUGGCAAGAAGCGUCUCGACCUGGCUGGGCCCCUGCUCGCCAACCUCUUCCGCAUUCUGUUCAAGAAGCUCACACGCGAUGUGUACCGCCACCUGCAGAAGUGUGUCGAGACGCACAAGGAGUUCACCCUCAUCCAGGCGAUCAAGCCUGGCAUCAUCACCAACGGUCUCAAGUACUCGCUCGCCACGGGUAACUGGGGUGACCAGGCCAAGGCUAUGCAGGCCCGUGCCGGUGUGUCGCAGGUGCUUAACCGCUACACCUUCGCUUCGACGCUCUCCCACUUGCGUCGUACCAACACCCCGAUUGGUCGUGACGGCAAGAUCGCUAAGCCUCGCCAGCUGCACAACACCCACUGGGGCAUGGUCUGCCCAGCCGAGACGCCCGAAGGACAAGCUUGUGGUCUGGUCAAGAACCUCGCUCUCAUGUCGUACAUCUCGGUCGGCUCGUACUCGGCGCCCGUCAUGGAGUUCCUCGAGGAGUGGGGUCUCGAGGACCAGGGCGAGUACGGUAACGCGCCAUCGGCGUCCAAGGUGUUCGUGAACGGUGUGUGGAUGGGCAUCCACAGAGACGCCCACACCCUGCACCAGAACCUCCUGCAGAUGCGCCGCGGUGGGCAGCUAAAGCACGAGGUUUCCAUUGUGCGCGACAUUCGCGAACGCGAACUGCGUCUCUACUCCGACGCAGGUCGCGUGUGCCGUCCGCUCCUCAUUGUGAACGAGGACACGCAGACAUUGAGGCUCACGCGCGAGCACAUUGAUCGUCUUGACGCCAUCGCCGCCGGUGAAGUGAUGAUGCAGGGACAGUCUGCGUGGGACGAGAUGCUGUCUGAGGGCAUCAUCGAGUACGUCGACGCGGAGGAGGAGGAGACGAUCCUCAUCGCCAUGACGCACGAGGACCUCGAUAAUGCGUUGACAUACGAGAGCGCAUUGGAAGUUGGCAAGGCGCAGGCGGCGCACAACCUCGAGGCGUUUGACCCAUCAGCUCGUAUCAAGUCGAGCAACUGGUCGCAGAACUACACCCACAUGGAGAUCCACCCAAGUAUGAUUCUUGGUGUUUGUGCCUCCAUCAUUCCGUUCCCCGACCACAACCAGUCUCCGCGUAACACGUACCAGUCGGCCAUGGGCAAGCAGGCGAUGGGCAUUUACCUCACCAACUACCAACUGCGCAUGGACACGAUGGCCAACAUCCUGUACUACCCGCAAUCGCCACUCGCCACGACGCAGUCGAUGAAGUACCUCCGCUUCUCCGAGUUGCCUGCUGGCCAGAACGCAAUUGUCGCGAUUCUGUGUUACUCGGGUUACAACCAGGAAGACUCGGUCAUUAUGAACCAGUCAUCCAUCGACCGUGGCCUGUUCCGUUCGCUCUACUACCGCGCAUACACCGACACCGAGAAGAUGGUAGGUAUGCAGAAGGUGGAGGCGUUCGAGAAGCCGGACCGCAACGAGACUUUGCGCAUGAAGUCUGGAGCAAGCGACCGCUACGCAAAGCUUGACAAUGAUGGUCUUAUCACACCGGCAACAAACGUCAACGGUGACGAUAUCAUCAUCGGCAAGACGGCGCCCAUCCCACCAGACUCUGAGGAGCUGGGGCAGCGCUCAGCGACGCACACGAAGCGCGAUGUGUCGACACCGUUGAAGUCGACGGAGCAGGGUGUGGUCGACCAGGUCAUGAUCACGACGAACGGAGAGGGUCUCAAGUUCGUCAAGAUCCGUAUCCGCUCGACACGUGUGCCACAGAUCGGCGACAAGUUUGCAUCGCGUCACGGACAGAAGGGUACGAUUGGAAUCACCUACCGCCAGGAGGACAUGCCUUUCACGGCCGAGGGUAUCGUACCGGACUUGGUCAUCAACCCCCACGCCAUUCCUUCACGUAUGACUAUCGGGCACUUGGUCGAGUGUCUGUUGUCCAAGCUGGCGACGCUUACCGGUCGUGAAGGUGACGCGACGCCGUUCACCGAGCUCACGGUCGAGUCAGUGUCCAAGUACCUGCGGCAGCGUGGGUACCAGUCUCGUGGCCUCGAGGUCAUGUACCACGGGCACACUGGUCGCAAGUUGCGUGCGCAAGUGUACUUUGGCCCGACGUACUACCAACGCCUGAAACACAUGGUCGACGACAAGAUUCACGCGCGUGCGCGUGGUCCGCUACAGAUCCUCACGCGCCAGCCGGUGGAGGGUCGUUCGCGUGACGGUGGUCUGCGUUUCGGCGAAAUGGAGCGCGACUGUAUGAUCUCGCACGGCAUCGCUGGCUUCCUGAAGGAGCGCAUGUACGAGUCGUCGGACGCGUUCCGCUUGCACGUUUGUGACCAGUGUGGUCUCAUGGCGAUUGCAAACCUCAAGAAGCAGGAGUUCCACUGCACGGUCUGCCGUAACAGCACACAGGUGUCGCAGAUCUUCAUCCCGUACGCGGCCAAGCUUCUAUUCCAGGAGCUUCAAGCCAUGAACGUUACGGUACGUAUGUACUCUGAUCCGAACGAGUAG